AUGGGGUCUUUGCUGCAUUCGGCGAUGACUUCAUGCUGCCUCUGCUUCUGGGGGCCCCCACGUUUGCUGCCCACGCACCGAACAGCAGCAGCAGCAGCAGCAACAGCAGCAACAGCAGCAGUGCUAAUCGUCUUGGCAUUCCUUAGCAGCACUUCUCAAGCCUUUGUGCUGCCGCAUCUUCAAGCAAACUUCAGCUCGCAGUCGUACAGCAGCAAUGACUCGGCAGCAGCAGCAGCAACUGCUGCUGCUGCUGCUGCUGCUGCCGCUGCUGCUACUUCCUCUCCAGCAGCCAUUCUGCUUCCGCAUUCUCCAAUUCCGCUGCGCAUAGCGCCGAAGCCAAUAGCUCAUGCACAAGGGGCAGCAGCAACAAGAGCAGCAGCAGCGUCAGCAGCAGCAGCAGCAAGCGAAGCAGCAUCGACAGCAGCAGAAGCGCCAGAAGCAGCAGCAGCUGCUGCAGCACUGCCGGCAGCAGCAGCAGCCCACAGAGAGCCACUGGGGGCCUCUCGGCUGCUGCACGUGCGCCUGCUGACUCUGAACUUAGAGAAGAUGGUGCAUUUUUACACGCAGCUUCUGGGCAUGAAGGUUUUGGGGCUAUGGGGGCCCCCGGGGGGGCCCCCUGAGGGGCCCCCAGGGGGGCCCCCUGAGGGGCCCCCAGGGGGACCCCCUGAGGGGGCCCCCCCCGCGCUGCAGCAGCAGUCCCCUCACUUGUGGGAGCCCCUGAGCGGCCGCGUGUCUCUUGCGGGGGGCAGCAGCAUUCCCGUAGAUCGGAUUGUGCUGCUGGGGUAUGGCCCAGAGGCUGCUGCAGCAACUGCAGCAGGGGGCCCCCCGGAGGGCCCCCCCGAGGCUUCUGCUGGGGGGCCCCCUCAGGGCCCCAAGCUGGAGCUGAUCUACAGCAGCAGAUGGGCGCAGCAGCAGCGAGAGGCCGAAGCAGCAGCAGCAGCGGCGCUAAGAAAAGAAGAAAGCGAUCUGGUUGCUGCAGUUGCUGCUUUCCAGCAGCAGGAGGCGCUGCGGCAGACAGGCCAGUGCAGCAGCAGCAGCAGCAGAAGCAGCAGCAGUUUGCUGCCCAGCUUGUCGCGCAUGCGUGGAUAUGAGAGGCGGAGAGGAAGAUAUGACAGGGGCCAUCAUGGCUUCUUCGGACUUUCGUUUUUGCUGCCGUCGCUGCAGCAGCUGCAGCAGCAGCAAGUGCAGCAGGCUGGAGGCAAGCUGCUGCACUUCCCCGCCAAGCGAAAGCAGGUGCCUUCGAUGGUACCAGACCAAGACGCGCGGCAAGAGAUUUGGGGCCAGAGCUGCUUCAUGCUGGACCCCGACGGGAACGGGGUGGAAGUGCUGCAGCUGACGAGCAGCAGCAGCUGCAGCAGCAUUGGUCUUAGUGAACAGGCGAGGAAGCAGGAAGCAGCAAUCAAUACUUGGCAAAACUACAUGGCGGAGCAGGAGGCUGACAUUUCCAGGCAAAAGGAGAAGCAGCAGCUGCUGCAGCAACUCGACGAAGUGGAAAAGUUGCUGCUACAACUCGAGCAGCAACAGCAGCAGCACCAGGAGGAGCAGCAGAAAGAGCAGCAGCAGCAGGAACGCGACAGGCUGACGAAGCGGCAGCAGGAGCUGCAGAGAAAACUGGCGGUAUUUAACGAGCAGCAGCGUAUACUUGACGAGCUGGAGCAACAGCAACAGCAGCGGCAGCGGGAGAGGGAAGCAGCAGCAGCUGGCACUGCACUGCAGCACAAGGGGCCCCUUUCGCCCAGACUGCAGAAGAUUCGACUCUACACGUCAUCUCCAGUUGCUGCCGAUCGCUUCUUUGGCUCUAUGCUGCAGAUGCAACUCCUGCGCUACAAGAGCCACUUGCUGGAGCGGCUGCACCCUUGGACUCGUUUUGCUGCCACCAGCCGCACAUACGCGUGCGAAGCAGCAGCCCUUCGGGCGAAGGCCGGGGCCAGCGAAGGCGCAAAAGCAGCUGCUGCUGCUGUUGCUGCUGCAAUAGCUGCAGCAGGAGACCAGGGCCUCUACGGGGAAACUUCCACUGUUCCCACAGAGUGGGAAGGACCUGCAGCGCAGGACCCUCCCGCCGCUGCUGCUGAAGUCUUCAGGACGGAAGCAGCAGAACGUGAGGUGCCACAAGUCCAGGUGGCCUAUGCCUACGACGAGAACGUGGUGUCUGUGCACCCAGGGUUUUUGCAUGUGGCGCUGUCGGUGGCCGAUGUUCCAUCAGCUGUUGCGCACAUAUCCUCUAAAGAAGCAGAGGCAGCUGCGGCAGCAGAGGCGGAAGAGAAAGCAGCAGAAGCCGCAGCAACAGCCGGCAGCAAGUGCCAGCCAUGCAAAAUGGAAGGCCUGCAGGAAGGCACACACUUCGGAGCAACGGAAAUCGUGGGGGAUGCUGAAGACGUUUAUAAACCCACCACCAUUAAAUUCCAAACCCCACAAGAGUGUCUUUUGCUCAACUUCGAUGGCUAUCCUUUCCUUCUGGCUACCGAGGAACAGGCACAGGCGUACUACCGUUGCCUCCAGAAGGCCCCCGUAACAGGCUCCCCUUUCAAAGCGCUGUAA